AUGCCCGCCGAGCCCGUGGAGUAUAACUUCAAGCAGGCCUUUGCAGCUGGGCCCGCGGACACGAUGCGCGCGCUGCGCUUCCACGGCCAGAGAGAUAUCCGGCUCGAUCAGGUUCCGGUCCCGGUGUGUGGGAGAGGGCAGGUCAAGAUCCGGCCUGCGUUUGUGGGGAUCUGUGGGACUGAUCUGCACGAGUACUUGGGAGGAGCGAGCUUGAUACCAUCGGCGCAUCCGCACCCGAUUACAGGCGAGAAGGUGCCGUUGACGAUCGGCCACGAGUUCAGCGGGACCGUGGUGGAAGUCGGCGAGGGAGUGACAAGCCAUCGCGUCGGCGAUCGCGUGUGCGUACAGCCCAUCAUCUUCGACGGGACAUGCGGUGCCUGUUUGGAAGGCUACAUCAACUGCUGCUAUAGCAACGGCUUCAUCGGGCUCAGCGGUUGCGGAGGCGGCCUAUCCGACUUCACAGUCUGUCCCGCCACCAGCGCCAUCCCCCUCCCGCCCACCAUCAGCCUCGAAGUCGGCGCUCUCAUCGAGCCCCUCGCCGUCGCCUGGCACGCCGUCAAGACCUCCCCCUUCCGCGCCGGCGAUGACGUCCUCGUGAUCGGCGGCGGCCCCAUCGGUCUCGCCGUCAUCCAGGUCCUGCGCUGCAAGGGUGCCGGCCAGAUCAUCGUCUCGGAGGUCUCGCCCCAGCGGAAGCGCUUCGCGGCCGCCUUCGGCGCCCACCACGUCCUGGACCCGACUGACGUCGACGUCGUGACCGAGGUCCGUAGGCUGUGCAGCGCCGGCCACGGCCACGGCCAGGGCCAGGGGGUGCACGUCGCCUUCGACGCCGCGGGCGUGCAGAGCGGCUUGCAGGCGGCCAUCGAGUCGCUCCGGGCGCGCGGCACGCUCGUCAACAUCGCCGUGUGGGAGAAGCCGACGCCGAUCUUCCCGAACGACUUUGUGUUUAAAGAGCGGAGGUAUAUGGGCGUCGCAACAUUUGUGGCGGGGGAGUUUGCGGAGGUGUUGGAUGCGAUUGUUGCUGGAACCAUCCAGCCCUCCAAGAUGAUCACAAAGACCGUCCCCCUAGCCGACGCCGUAACGGAGGGAUACGACAGCCUGAUCCACGAUAAGGAUAACCACGUCAAGAUCCUGGUCGAGGUACAUGGAGAGGUUGGCUAG